CCAGAGUGUGUAAUAUGUAAACUUUCCUUUUUUGUACUUUGAACCGUACUUACAAGUGAACUUUACAUUGUUUGAACUUUGCUUAUUGUAGAUAACACUCGUCUACACAUGUCAGACGUGUUUAGUGUCGCUAGAUCAAUACGGGCGACCAUAGACGGAUGUUUCAACAUGCUUGUGUUGAAACUGGUUUCGUUUUUCCUGCUUGGAGUUUUCUUUAGUUAUUACCUGGGUUUGUCAUGUACAUUGACAACUCUUGCAGUGUUUGUUGUUUAUGUUGCCACUGGAGGCUGGACAUUUGUGAAAGCAGUCGUUCAUACACUUCCUCGUGACUUGAGGGCUCUUAAAGUCUUACUGACAUUAAAAUGGGCAGUGAAAAAGUACAAUCAGUCAGGGAUGAGCAUCCCGAAACUGUUCCAAGAAACAGUCAGGAAGUAUCCCAGUAAGACUUGCUUCAUUUAUGAAAACAAGACAUGGACCUUUCAGGAGGUGGAUUUAAUCACAAACGCCAUUGGCAAUUUCUUCAAUGAAGCUGGACUGGGUAAGGGAAGUGUGGUUGCCUUGGUGAUGGAGAACCGACCUGAACUUGUGUUUUAUUGGCUCGGGCUUGGAAAGAUUGGUGCCAUCGGGGCUCUGAUAAAUUUCAACCUCAGAGAGAAAUCCCUGCUCCAUUGUAUACAGGCAGCUCAAGCACAAGGCAUUGUCUUCUCCGAGGAAAUGACACCUGCAAUAGCGGAGAUUUCUCAGGACAUCCCCAAGUCAUGUCUAAUGUACUACAUGAGCAGUGUGGCCUGUCCCAUCCCCGGGGUUAUCAGUCUGGAUCCACUCCUCGAGAAGAGCCCCACUUACAAACCACCUGAGCCCCUAACCAAGUUCACAGGUACAGGAAAAGUUUGUCUCAAUCUUUAAAUUGCUUAUAAAAACUUUGUAAGCCAUUGAAUUCAGACGCUCAUAUUAGGUUAUCACGGCACUGCCAGGGGAGAGGCUUUUAAACUUCAAAUACGGUAUUGUUUUCAAAAUCAGAAUUGCAAUCUGCAGCAGGAAGGCUUGUCAAAUGGUCAACUUUGGAAUAAAAACUUUAAAUGUGUUAUCCAGGUGACUAUG